GGCUGGCUGAAUUGGGCCCCCUUCCCUCCCCUCUUCGCAGUGCCUCACCCCCUGCCCCCAUGGCUGACCACAGCAAUGGGCCCAGAGGUCAAUGGGGGAUUCUCAAAGGGCACCAGAACUGGACUACGCGUUCCAUGGAACGGCACCGGGUUCUAGAAGGCAGUUCUGGAAGGAAACCCAGAGGUCAGUCAAAGCACAAUCAAGGACAGUGCAGCCUUGAAGGGGGGGCUCCUUGUCAGGAGUCCUUCUACAACCCCCCAAAGCCCAAGUUCUGGGAUGAAACCCAGGAAAGCGGGAGAGUGUGCUUCAUGGUUGGCACAGCCAAAGGGGACCACUCCAACUCUGAAGGAUACACCCCCCUCAAUAAUAAUAAUAAUAAUAACUGCAGUAGAGUCUCACUUAUCCAACAUAAAUGGGCCGGCAGAACAUUGGAUAAACAAAUAUGUUGGAUAAUAAGGAGGGAUUAAGAAAAAGCCUAUUAAACAUCAAAUUAGGUUAUGAUUUUACAAAUUAAGCACCAAAACAUCAUGUUAUACAACAAAUUUGACAGAAAAAGUAGUUCAAUACGCAGUAAUGCUAUGUAGUAAUUACUGUAUUUACAAAUUUAGCACCAAAAUAUCACAAUGCACUGAAAACUUUGACUACAAAAAUGCGUUGGAUAAUCCAGAACGUUGGAUAAGUGAGACUAGUGUACCUCAUGUCUACAAAACACACUUAGCACGCUUUCGCCCAGUUGUUUUUAUGAUUUUAUCACUGUAUUUUAAAAUGUUUUAACCAAUUUUUUUGCUAUUUCUAUGUUAAUGUUUAUUCCUUUUGCGCACGGUUUUUGCUGUUUGAUGUGUUUUAUGUUCCUUACUGUAUUUGUUUGGGCUUUUGCCCCAUGUAAGCCGCCCCAAGUCCCUUUGGGGAGAUGGAGGUGGGGUAUAAGAAUAAAGAUUAUUAUUAUUAUUAACCCCCAAACCCCUAGUUCUGGGAUGAAACCCAGGAAAGCGGGAAAGUGUGCUUCAUGGCCGGCACGGCCAAAGGGGCCCAGAGCCCCCCACUCCAACUCUGAAGGAUACACCCCCCCAAUAAUAAUAAUAAUAACUAUUUGUAUCUCACCGCCUAUCUUCCCAAAAGGAAUCGGGGUGGCUUACUAAAGCACUCCAGACUGCAACAUAAAACAGUACAGAAGAAUAAAAACAAUAAACACAUUGUCUCCUAUGUCAAUAUAAUAAUAUAUAUAAUACUAGCAUUAUGCUAUACUAAUAAUAUCAUAUAUUGUAUAUACAGUAGAGUCUCACUUAUCCAACAUAAAUGGGCUGUUGGGCCGGGCUGUGGCGCAGCGGGCUAGUAACCAGCUGCAAUAAAUCACUACUGACCAAGAGGUCAUGAGUUCAAAGCCCGGGUCGGGUUAAGCCCCCGACCAUUAAAUAGCCCAUCUUGCUGUUGACCUAUGCAGCCCCAAAAGACAGUUGCAUCUGUCAAGUAGGGAAAUUUAGGUACGCUUUAUGCCGGAGGCUAAUUUAACUAAUUUACAACACCAUAAAACUGCCAGCAAAACACGAGGAAAGGAAUGAGGAAGUACAACCAUUAGUGGACGGUGAAGCAACAGCUCCCCCUGUGGCCGAAAUCGUGAAGCUGGAAAAAUGUUAAAUGCCUCUGUGUCUGUCUAUACUGUAUGUUGUUUGUCUGUUGGCAUUGAAUGUUUGCCAUAUAUGUGUUCAUUGUAAUCUGUCCUGAGUCCCCUUCGGGGUGAGAAGGGCGGAAUAUAAAUACUGUAAAGAAAUAAAUAAAUAAGCGAAAAUGUUGGAUAAUAAGGAGAGAUUAAGGAAAAGCCUAUUAAAUGCCAAAUUACGCUAUGAUUUUACAAUUUAAGCACCAAAACAUCAUGAUUUACAACAAGUUGACAGAAAAAGCAGUUCAAUACAAGGUAACACUAUGUAGUAAUUACUGUAUUUAUGAAUUUAGAACCAAAACAUUGCAAUGUAUUGAAAGCAUUGACUACAAAAACAGUGACUACUAAAAGGCAAACUGUGUUGGAUAAUACAGAAUGUUGGAUAAGUGAAGGUUGGAUAAGCGAGACUCUACUGUACAUAUAAUAUUGAUAAUAUUAUAAUGUAAUACAAUAUAAUAAUACACUAUUAUAAUUGUAUAUUCUCCUGCCAACCUAGCAGUUCGAAAACAUGCCAAUUUGAGUAGAUCAAUAGAUAAUAGCACUCCAUGUAGUCAUGCAGGCCACAUGACCUUGGAGGUGUCUACGGACAACACCGGCUCUUUGGCUUAGAAAUGGAAAUGAGCACCAACCCCCAGAGUCGGUCAUGACUGGACUUAAUAUCAGGGGAAAACCUUUUACCUUUAACCUUAUAAUUGUAUAUUAUAUAUUGCAUGUAAUAUUGCUAAUAAUAUUGCAAUAUAAUGGUAUAGUACAAUAUAGUAAUGGAUAGUGCUUAUAUUGUUCUAUACUAAUAAUAGGAUAUAUUGUAUGUACAUAUAACUUGUAAGCCACCCUGAGUCCCUUUCAGGGUGAGAAGGGCAGGAUAUAAAUGUCGCAAAUAAAUAAAUAGAAUUAUAGCAACAGCCAUAGUGUGGACUCCUAUAAUCAGGUUCAAAGCAGAUAGUCUAAAUUAUAUCACAGUGUAGAUCUGUGAAGCCUCACGCCCCUUCCACACAGCUGUUUAAAAUCCACCUUGAACUGGAUUAUGUGGUAGUGUGGACUUAUACUGGACACCGCCAAGUAUGGACACCCCCAAGAGAUGCAGGCCAAGGAUGUAGCUCUCACUUUUGUCCUUCCAAGGAAGGGAGCAGCCUGUGGCAAAGGGCCAGAAGAAACUAUGGGGAUAGGGAGGGGCCACAGUUGAGCCUUAUCUGGGCCCCUCCCUCCCUCCCAUCAUUUCCUGGCGUCUCCUGGCUCCAGUACCUCCUUGGACGCCUUUCCUCCUGGGCUGACUCCACCAUGGGCCACUUCCCUGGAUGGAUGACUCUGAUGCUGAUCCCAUGGCUGACCCUGUCUUGGGUGCGAGUAGCAGUCACUCAGGAGACGCUGACCCCCACAGAGGGGCAGCAAGGGCCCAGCGAAGGGAGAACCCUCUCUGGAGAACCUGACCUCAAGGUGGAGGAGGAGGAAGAGGUCUUGGUCCUCAACCAGCAGGGCUUUACACAGGCCUUGCAGGAGAACCGGCUGCUCCUGGUGCUUUUCCAUGCCCCCUGGAGCGACCUCUGCCAGGCACUGGCCCCCGAAUAUGCCAAGGCGGCCGCCUUGCUGAGAGAGGAGAGGUCCAGCAGCUCCCUGAGGCUGGCGUCGGUGGAUGGGACGCAGGAGCCAGAGCUGCGGCAGGAGUUUGGCGUUGCUGGGUUCCCUGCCUUCAAGCUCUUCCGGGAGGGAGACCGCAGCCACCCCAUAGACUACAAAGGGGAGAGGGAGGCCGAGGCGAUUGUGGCCUGGAUGAGGCGGAAGGCCAAACCCAGCGCCCCGCUGCUCACCGGGGAGGAGGAGGCCACAGCCUUCCUGGCCACCCAUCCGGUGGCUGCUGUUGGAUUCUUUCACGACCCAGAGGGCCAGGAAGCUCGCCUCUUCUGUAAGGUGGCCUGCGAUAUGGAUGACGACACUGUGACCGUGGCCCUCACUGACCGCCCGGCCCUCUUUGACAAGUACGGCGUCCUGGGGGAGACAGUAGCCCUCUUCCGGUGGACGGACACGGAGGGCAGCGAUGCCCCCAGAGUGGACUUCCUCAUUGAUGAGGAGCUGGGCUUGGAUGAGGCAGAGUUGGCCCACUUCCUUGCGGUGCAGAGCCUGGAGCCGGUGGUGGAGUUCACGAACCAGAACUCCUCCAGGAUAUUUGGGGCCAAAGUCCCAAACCACCUGGUACUCUUCCUCAACAAGACGGAGGGGCCCCAUUCGGCACUUCUGGAAGGCUUCCGGGGAGCGGCUCCCACCUUCCGGAACCAGGUGCUCUUUGUGUUGGCCAACGUUGGUGGGGACGGGGCCAGCCUGCUCCACUUCUUCGGCCUGAAGAGUCAUCAGGUCCCUGCCCUUCGGUUCAUUCACAUUGAGACCAACCAGAAGUAUCUCCUGGACAUGGAGCAAGGGCGGGACCUCUCCGCUAGUGACAUCAGCACCUUCUGCCAGGAUGUGCUAGAAGGCAGAGUCCAGCCCCACUUUAUGAGCGAGGAGCCCCCAAGCGACUGGGAUCAACGGCCAGUGAAGACCUUGGUGGGGCAGACCUUUGAGCAGGUGGCCCUGGACGAGAGCAAGGAUGUCUUCGUCAGGUUCUACGCCCCCUGGUGCCCCCACUCCAAGGCCAUGGCGCCUGCCUGGGAGCAGCUGGGCCAGAGGUUCGACGGUCGGCAGGACGUCCUCAUUGCGGAGAUGGACGCCACAGCCAACGAGGUGCCAGGGCUGCCCAUCCGCGCCUUCCCAACACUCUACUUCUUCCCUGCUGGAAAAGGAAAGGAGAUGACAGAAUACUGGGGUGACAGAGACCUGGACAGCCUCUUGAGGUUCCUGGAAAAUGGGGGAGAGACCCCUCCUGUAGAGAAGCCCCCAGAGACCCCCAAAGAGGAGCCGAAGGAGGAGGGCCAGGCGAAGUCUCUGGAGCCAAGAGAUGAGCUGUAAGGCCUGAGUAGAGCUAUAAAACCCAUCCCUCUGGCAAAA